UCCUGAAAUUCACUGCAUAGGCCAGGCUGUCAUGCAAUUCAAUCAAAUACACCUGCCUUUGCCUUGUGACUGCUGCGAUUAAAGGCAUGAGCCAAUACACACAGCUUGCCCCUCAUUUUUGUAGUUAGUGAUUAUUCAUUCAAUUUCUCUGAUGUGUACUCCGAUCUCUUGCCUCUCUAUGUCUCUUAAUAGGCCUUUCUCCUGCAAGGAUAUAUCCUAGACAAAGUGUGAAGAAAUGACAGAGGUGAACCUCAUUGUUCACUUUUUUUUUUCUAAAAUGAAUUGAUUAGAAUUUCUGUUAUUGAAUAAGUGUGGUAAGCCCCAGAAUUAUAUGAAUAUAUUGUCAAAGAAGUAUACAUUAGCAUGCUAUCAGUAUCACACUCUGUUGUACACAUGUAUGGGAUAUUUUAGACUGCAGUGACCUAUGAUGAUGUGCAUAUCGACUUCACUUGGGAGGAGUGGAUUUUGCUGGAUCCUUCUCAGAAGAAUCUCUACAAAAAUGUGAUGCUGGAGACCUACAGGAACCUCACUGCUAUAGGCUACAGUUGGGAAGACUAUAAUAUUGAAGAACAUUGUCAAAGUUCUGGAGGACAUGCAAGGUUCAAAAAAUGUCAUACUGGAAAGAAACCCUGUGAAUAUACUCAGUGUGCCAAAGCUUUUUCAUAUCAUAGUCAUCUUCAGAAGCAUGAAAAUAUUCAUACUGAAGAGAAACCCCAUGAUUGUAUUCAGUAUGGUGAAGCCGUUGCACACAACAGUAUUCUCCAAAUACUUAAAGGAACAUGUGCUGGAAUGAAAACCAAUGAAAGUAAUCAGUAUGGUAAAGCCUUCACAAGUCAUGGUCAUCUUCAAACACAUAAAAGAACACAUAUUGGAGAGAAACCAUAUGAAUGUAAUCAGUGUGUUAAAGCCUUUAAAUAUGCCAGUAAUCUCAGAGUACAUAAAAUAGCACAUGCUGGAGAGAAACCCUACAAAUGUAAUCAAUGUGAUAAAGCUUUUUCACAACACAGUAAUCUUCAAAUUCAUGGAAGAACACAUUCUGGAGAGAAAGCCUACAAAUGUAAUCAAUGUGCUACAGACUUUGGAUGUGCCAGUAAUCUCCAAAUAUAUGAAAGAACACAUACUGGUGAGAAACCCUACAAAUGUAAUCAAUGUGAUAAAGCCUAUUCAGAACUCAAAACUCUCAGAAUACAUAAAAGGACACAUUCUGGAGAGAAACCCUACAAAUGUAAUCAAUGUGAUAAAGCCUUUUCACAACACAGAUAUCUCCGAAUACAUAAAAGGACACAUUCUGGAGAGAAACCCUAUAAAUGUAGUCAAUGUGAUAAAGCCUUUUAUCAACAUAGUCAUCUCCAAAGACAUGAAAGAACACAUACUGGAGAGAAACCCUACAAAUGUAAUCAAUGUGGUAAAGCCUUUUCACAAUACAGUAAUCUUCAAAUGCAUGAAAGAACGCAUACUGGAGAGAAACCCUACAAAUGUAAUCAGUGUGAUAAAGACUUUGCAUGUGCCAAUAAUCUCCAAAUACAUGAAAGAACACAUACUGGAGAGAAACCCUACAAGUGUAAUCAAUGUGAUAAAGUCUUUGCAUAUGCCAGUAAUCUCAGAGUACAUGAAAGAACCCAUACUGGAGAGAAACCCUACAAAUGUAAUCAAUGUGAUAAAGCCUUUGCAUAUGCCAGUAAUCUCAGAGUACAUAAAAGAACACAUACUGGAGAGAAACCCUACAAAUGUAAUCAAUGUGAUAAAGCCUUUUCACGACACAAUCAUCUCCAAAAACAUGAAAGAAGACAUACUGGAGAGAAACCCUACAAAUAGAAUCAAUGCAAUAAAGCCUUUUCAUAAUAAUUUACUCUCCAAAUACAGAAAAGAACUCAUACUAGUGAGAAACCCUUCAAAUAUAAUCAAUGUGAUAAAGCCUUUCAUGAAACAAUCAUCUUCAAAUACAUAAAAGAACACAUUUUGGAGAUAAACCCUAUGAAUAUAAUCAAUGUGGUAAAGCCUUUACAUGAAUCAGCAGUCUGAAGUCAUGAGAAAAAUUCAUACUGCAGAGAAACCCUAUAAAAGUAGUGAGUGUGGCAAAGUUUUGCAUUUCAUGUUAGUCUUUAUACAAGAGUAAAACUUUUAGUGUGUAAUUGGUCUCUUAAAGGUUUUUCAAUUUACAGUAGUCUUUGAGGGCCUGAGAAAACUAAUACUCAAGGAAAUCUGGCCAUAAAGGUUUUGGAAGAUCUUUACCCAACAGACUUAUAUUCAGUUACACAAGUUUAUUCUGGACAAAAUACCUGACAAGUGUCAGCUAUCUGUUCAAGCAUUAUGAUGUUCCUCUUUAUUUUGUUUGCACCACCAAACUCAUAUGGACAAAAUGAUGAGGUAGCACUUUUCUAUUCUACAAUUCUCUUCAGUUACAUGAAAUAAGGCAUCCAGGUUUAACACUUAAUGGGUGUGUAUUAGUGCCUUUUCUGUUGCUGUGAUAAAACAUUAUGUCUAAGUAAGUCAACUUACUAAAAGUUGGCCGUUGGGUCCAGAGGGAUCCAGGAUAACCAUGAAAGUGGCACGGCAACAAGUGUCAAACAUGGCAGCUAAAGCAGAAAGCUAUGAACUCACAUUUUCCACUUUGGCAUGAGUGUGAAAGUGGGAACUGGAAAUGGUGUGUGGUGUGAACUCUCAUGCUCACUCCCAGGGAGGUACUUUCUCCAGCAAGGUGAGCAUUACAUAUAUCUUCCCAAAUGAUACCACCAACUAAAAAAGAUUGAUUUCUCUGACUUCAAGCCUAUGUGCUUGCUUUCUGUUACAUGAACCAGUUCAUGAUGAGGAAAAACUCUGUAAGUAAGCCUUUUAAUGCCUCAACAACUGAGUUACAGAAAUAAAUGCUUACAAGAGAAAAAUGUU